ACGUCAGAUAAACAUCUCAAUGUUUAUACGACCUUCCUUGUAUAUACUUCACAUUGGAAAAUAAUAUUUGUGUAACCUACGAGUAAAAUCAUUUCAUAUUUGUGUAACCUACGAGUAAAACCAAUAAAUACAAAGCCAUAUUAAUGACGGAAAAAAGAAAACCUAUAAACUAAAAGUUAUUACAAACACGAUUAACUUAUAAACUAAAUUGAAAAAGACCUCAUUUAAAAAAAAUCAGAAGUUAAAAAAAAAAAAAAAAAAAAAAAGUUUACCUCCCUUUAUCAUUCUUCCCCAUCCUCAAUUCCUCCCUAUAUCAUUUCUUCGUCGUCAAAUUUCUCACUCCUCUCAGUUCGCUGUUCUUAGUUCACUGUUUCCUCCAUUUUUCUCCCGAAUAACUCCAAUCUUCAAAUUUUAAAAAUCUGAAUUUAAUACUUUGAAUUAACUUCACUACAGCAGACAAAGAAAAGGUUGCCUGGUCACCAGCUAAAGGAGUGUUCUGGCAUGAGGCGUUAUAUUUUUCCACCACCUAUACUUGGCAAAGUAGAGAUUUAAGGAAUUAUUUUCUGAAUAAAACUGUGUUAGAGUUGAAUAGAAGGGCUGAUCAUGCAUACAGUUCAGUUAUUGCAGUCUAUGCCUUGCAUUUCUAGCAGCUUUAAGUCCCAGAGUUGCUGGACCAACUGCAGGAGAGAUACUACUGGACAUUUUAAAUGGACCGAAAUCAGAACACGUACUUUUUCUCACUGUGCUCAAAGACCUCAUGCUGCUGGAGGAUUUAUUCAUUUACUAAAACCCAUCCAACGUACAGCAUUGUCAGCCAUUCCUAAUUCCAAUGACUAUUUUCCAGAUGCUGUACCAACCGAUGAAAGCUCAAGCAUAAAUCAUUCUCCCACUCUUGAGAUGGAGACUUUAUUUGCCAACUGGUCACCUCCUAGGUACUUGUGGAGGGGCUUAUCAGUUCUCAUUUUGGCAGGGCAAGUAAUAUACCGGGCUCUCAAGGGUAAAAUCCACUGGAAAAACACCCUCCAACAGCUGGAAAGAGUUGGUCCUAAAUCAGUCGGGGUCUGUCUUCUGACAUCAGCUUUUGUGGGGAUGGCAUUUACUAUCCAAUUUGUUCGGGAAUUCACCCGGUUAGGGCUGAACCGAUCCAUUGGUGGGGUCUUAGCUCUUGCCUUCUCUCGUGAACUAAGCCCUGUGGUUACAUCAAUUGUGGUGGCAGGUCGUAUUGGAAGUUCUUUUGCCGCGGAGCUCGGAACCAUGCAGGUCUCUGAGCAGACUGACACACUGAGAGUUCUCGGGGCAAAUCCUGUCGAUUACCUUGUCACACCUAGGGUAAUUGCUUCUUGUGUAGCUUUGCCUUUUUUGACCCUGAUGUGUUUCAUAGUGGGGAUGGCAGCUAGUGCCUUCUUGGCUGACAGUGUUUACGGAGUUAGCUACAUAAUGAUUUUGGACUCUGCUCGGAGAGCACUUCGGUCAUGGGAUAUUAUUAGUGCCAUGAUGAAGUCCCAGGUUUUUGGUGGAAUAAUUGCAAUCGUGAGCUGUGCUUGGGGUGUAACGACCAUUGGUGGUGCUAAGGGUGUUGGGGAGUCAACUACUUCAGCUGUUGUUUUAUCUCUGGUUGGUAUCUUUAUUGCAGAUUUCGUUCUUUCUUAUUUUUUCUUCCAAGGGGCAGGGGAUUCACUUAGGAAUUGUGUAUGAUCUCUUUCCUGUGGAGUUUUAAGCUUGCAACUCCAAUUUUCGCCAAAAUACAUUUGUUGCUCUGCAUUAGAACGAAAGAUUUGUAAGAAAGGCACAUUGACAUUCUUUCCAGUGCAUUUUACUGAAUAUAUUUGUAAUUUGUUUUGUUUUCUGGAAAUCUCGAAUUUGUGCACCUCAAACAGGGUUACAGGGAGAACCCUUCAUGAAA